AUGGCUCAGAUCAACAUCUGCCUCAAACGCAUCUUCACCGUCUUCAACAUAUUCUUCAUGGAUCCAGCAGCUCUAACCAGACUGUUUGUGUUUGUUCAGCUUGUUGGUGGACUGGCCAUCGUCCUCGCUCUGUGGUGCCAGUUCUUCAUGGACAUUCGAGGAGGAUACAACCUGGAGGGUCGAGCCACCAAACUCUUCAUCCUCUUCAUCGUGGGCUGCAUCGCCAUGAUGAUCACCAUGCUGGGAGCCUAUGGAACCCACAAGGAGAACAAAGUGGCCCUGAUCACGCUCAGAGGCAUCGGAGUGGAGACAUUCAGCAAGUUUGUGCCUCUGGACAAAUCCUCGACAUACGUGAGGAACAUGAACGAGGACAUUCAGAAACAGUUUCACUGCUGUGGUCUGUUCAGCUACAAAGACUGGGAGAACAUCCCCGACUCCUGUGUGUGCAGCCAGGAGGAGAAGAAGGAGGGCAAGUGUCAGACUGUCGAAAACAACACUUUCAUGCUGCAGAGAAAGUCCGUCUACAGUAAGACCUGCUUUCCCACCAUCAUGGACCACAUCCAGUUUCAUUACAACAUCAUACUUGUGGUCAGCUUCACUCUGGCUAUUCUAGCUCUACUCGGCAUGAUUCUGUCCUCCAUUAUGAUCCACCAGCUGUAUUACCCCAACAGACCCACCAUCAUGAUCUCCAUGAUGCCACCAAAAUACAAGGAGCUGCACAACGCCCCAGCAUGUUAG